CAUGACUCAACUAUGGUUUAUAUGGUUGCUUCUUCAUCAAGCAUAUACUUUAGUCCCCAUCAUCACAGUCCAGCUUGGGGAACCUGUCACUUUGACCUGUUUUCCUGAAAAUCUAAAGGUCGUGACUUGGGUUUACUGGUAUAAGCAGAGUGCAGGAAAUACUCUGGAAUUAAUUGCAAAGGUGCAUAAAAGUAAAAACCAAAUCUAUGAGCACGGAUUUCAAAGGUCAAGAUUCAAAAUAACCUACAAUGGCAACAAAGGCACCUUGACAAUUUUAUCAUCAGCUGAACAAGAUGAGGGAAUGUAUCAUUGUGGUUUUAUGGACUGGAGUGAAUUCACUUGGGCUGGGACUUAUUUGUCAGUAAGAGGAAACUCUCAGAGGGUGUCAAGCUACACUGUUGUUCAUGAGCCAACAGUUUCUGAUCGCGCUCAUCCAACAAACCUAGAGACUCUGCAGUGUUCAAUCCUGUCUGAGUCUGAUAACACAACCUGUUCAGGAGAACCCAGUGUGUUUUGGUUCAGAGCAAUAUCUGAUACCUCAUAUCCAGAAAUUGUCUACAAUGAAGGCAUAAAACAAGAAAAUUGUGAAAAGACAUCAAACAAUCAAAAGAAAUGUAGUUUUGGGUUUUCCAAGAACAUCAACUCAUCAGUCUCCUAUUACUGUGCUGUGGCCACAUGUGGAGAAAUAUUAUUUGGAAAUGCAGCAAACAUGAAGAAUCAAGAUAAAAUGUCAAUAAAUUCAUCGAUUGUCUUAAUGAUCAUAAUAAUCAGCUUGGCCAUCUCUGUGACCCUGAAUAUUAUUUAUUUUUGGUACCGAACAAAAAGAUCAACCUGUACACGAUUAAACGAAAGUUCCCCUUCUCAACCAAAUCCCGGGGACUUAAGCCAAGAAAUAAAUGAGAGUGAAAAUGGGCUUGAUCUGGAUUAUGCCGCAUUGCAUUUCUCUAGAGGGAAGGAACAAAAAAGCAAAAAGAAAAGAGAACAGAAGACUGAAGAAAGUGUAUACUCACAAGUGAUAUUCAAUAGUAAUAAAUAACUUUGACUUUAGACUUAUGCUGAAUACCGACAUUGUGGCUUAAAUACUCUGAAAAAUUAAAAUAAUUUCAAGCUUAAUGAAGUGAGAGCAUGCGUAGAAGAAAAAAAAAUUCUUAGAGGUAGAUGACGGAAUCACCCCUUCUAACAGCAAAAUAUGAUUUAACUUUUAUUAGGAUUUUAUAACAGUGAAAAACACCAUACAUUGCAGUUGCCUUCAGAAUUCAUCUAUUAAAAACAGUUCCAGCAUAGACUGGACAAAAUUAAAAAAAUCUGUGAAAAGUUCAAACAUUCUAAACUUUUUCUGUUGGAUAUUUUCUGCUAGCUGGAAUCCAAGGAACAGCUGUGAGCUGAUUGUUAAAAUAUUUUCUUAAAAGAUUCCUGAUUUUCAUUCAUUUUACAUCUUGGUAUUGGCCACCUUUUGCGUGUCAGAAUUAAUGUUUUAAUCUAAUUAAGACAGUUCCUCUGUUUGGAUAUACAGUUAUACUCAUUCUGUACGUGGCAAAGAUUUGGAAAUGGAAUGAGAGCGGUGUCCUUCAGCUAAGAACGAAGUGUAAUAUUUUAAUAAGGCUGCAGCCAUGAAUGUAUAAUCAUCUGCUAAUGUGUAUGAUGUAAAAUAUGAUGAUGUGGCAGACUGGAGAUUAAUCGGGGCCACUUCCUGAGAGGUGAGCCCAGAGGUGAGCAGCUGCCUUUUGUAUAUUCUAAGCAGUUUCUCUGAUCUGA